AUGCCUGCAAACGAUCCUUUUGAUGCAAUCGAUGUCGAUAUAGAACGAUCGACAAGCGGAGUAUGGCUUGUAAAAGUGCCCAAGUACUUGUCACAAAUUAUUAACGAUUAUUCAGAGGCAAGUAAUAAUGCAGAAGUUGGUCGUAUAGUUAAACGUGCCUCAACCAGUGGACGAGCACAAGAUGUUUUCUUUCGGCUUAAUGAUCAAGUCAUGCAAAAAAUUAAAGAAAAAAAAUCCAAAGAUGAUCCACUGCCACCACAAGAACAUCGAUUUUGUUUAAGCAAUAUAUCCGACGGUGUUCUUCGUACCGUUUCUACUCGUACGACUAAUCCAAAGUUACCGCUCAAAGAACAAAUAUCUAUAAUCGGUAAGGUAAUAAAACGAGCUGAAGUUCGUCCAGUUGAGACUGAACAGUAUAUGUCGAUGAAACGCAAACAUUUCGAAGUAUCACAAGAACCAACAAGUAAAACAAUAAAGAUCGAGAAGAAGAAAUCUGCUUUUGCACCUAAAAGGGAUCAUGAAGAAAAUAAAAAACGUAAACAAGAGAAAAAAUUAAAGGGAACACGUGUUCGAAGUCCAGAAGACACAGUACUCAAUUUCAUGUUUGAAGCGUUUUCAAAAAAUCAAUAUAUUUCAAUGUCAGCACUUGAAAAUAUCACUCAACAACCGAAAGUGUAUUUACAACAACUUGUUAAAAGAUAUUGUAAUUACAAUAAUACGGGGCGUAAUUAUGAAUUAAAACCACAAUUUCGACAUUAUAGUGCACCAAAAGAAGAAAAAAAUGGCGACGAUAUUGAAGAUGAUGAUGAUGAUGAUGACGACGACGACGAUGAUGGCGAUAGUACUACUAAUAAAUGA